AGGGGGAGAGAGAGGGAGACUGGGCGCACAAAGGAAGUCCACAUUCUGAUCGUUCUGAAGGGAAAUAAUUGGGUACAUGAUGUAAACACGGAAUAAAUAUCGAAAGGCAUCAUUCCAAUUUACCCCCCUCUAUUCUAUCUCACUUGUCCAUUAAAGGUGUUUAAUAUUUUAUGAGGUAGCUUUACUGACUGCGCGUCUGUCUGUACGAAGAAAGGCAGCCAGAGUGGGGAACUAAAGCCAAGAAUGGAGGAGAGGGAAGAGGAGUUGAGCUUUGUUCCAACCUCUCUUCGAUGAGGUUGCUGGACUUUCUCGCUUGCUUUGGAAGACGCGAUGUUGAUGCGUAAAAGCUGACCAAGUUCUAAAAGGGUUGAUAUUCUUUGCUUCGUUGGAGCUACGAAAAAGACGAUGGGAGAGAACGCCAAUAUGUUGCAUUUCUGAGGCAAAUACGUCUCCAUGGGAGAGGUCCACUGAUCCAAGAAUCCCUGUGUCUUUUACCCCUCCCCAUCCACCCUUGAACCCUUCCCCCUCUAGUGGAGACACAAUGACUUCCACAAGCCAGCUUCUGGGUUUAGCUGAGAUGGGCCUAAAGUGUGACCAGGAGAUUGAGAGGAGGUAUGAAAUUGUGCCCUCGGUGGUCUGCUCCAUGUGCUGCCUCUUUGGAAUCAUCUACUGCUUCUUUGGCUAUCGAUGCUUUAAGGCAGUGUUGUUUCUAACUGGCCUGAUGUUUGGCUCUGUGGUCAUCUUCAUGCUGUGCUACAAGGAGAGGGUAAUGGACACUCAGCUGAGCGUAGAGGCGUCUGUCGGCAUUGGCCUGGGCAUUGGGACACUGUGUGGCUUGGUAACCAUGUUGGUCCGCAGUGUGGGUCUGUUUAUGGUAGGCCUGCUGCUGGGCCUGCUGGUUGGCGUUGCAUCACUUGUGGUAAUGGAGGAAUUCUAUCAUCCUAAAACAGUGUGGGUUCCUCUGGGCAUUCUUCUGGGCUCCGGUACAUUGUUUGCCGUCCUUACUCUUCAGUGGCAACGCUGCUUCGUCACCUUCUCCACAGCAACAUUCGGCUCUGCCGUCAUCACAGUCACAGUGGAUUACUUUAUAGAGCUGUUUGCCUUAGUGCACUACAUCUAUGAGAGACUCAAGUACAUGGUACUAAGUCGACAGCAACGGCGGGUCCAGCUCAUGCGGAUCAGACAAAGGGAGGAGAAGCUGAAAAAGGAGAAAGAAAACAAGAAGAAGAAAAAACGUCAAAGCCAGAAGACUACCGUCAAGCAGAAGGUUCAUUCCCAUCACCACCAACAUCACCAGCAGUACCACCACCCAGUGUCAUCCCACACUCAUCACCAAAACCAGAGCUCUCAGCAGCCUAAGGUCCCUCCCCCUCCUACACAUACAGAACCCGGAUAUCACCGCAAACCCAAUCCUAAAAGACGCUUUGAUGGAGAUGUGCUUUCUCCGAGCUACAUCAGAAGUUUCAGAGACAGACAGACUGAAAGACGGUCAUACUCCCACACUCGAAUGAGUCGCUCUCGGAUGGCUCAACUUGACUAUGACUGUGGCUCUCAAGUGCCUCUCACAGUCCCCAGUGGACCUCCAGUUCGGAUCUGAAAACAUUUAAACAACCACUGCCUCCCUCAAAAACUCUAAGAGACCAACAAAGGUGAAGACUUCAUUAAGUCCAUUCAACUGCCGGUUUAGCCAACUGAAGCUGAUGUCUUCAAGAUUAUUUAACCUUAAAUGGUUCAACCAUGUUUGACUUUUUUUCUGCCCAUUUAGAUCUUUUAGACAGACUAAGGAACCAAGAAUUUUAUCAUGCAGGGAGCACAAAUCAAUUGCCAUCAGAUUAUUCCAUUUUUGCCUCUGUCAUUUUUCUUUUUUUUUGUCGAGGCAGUGGAGAAAAUGGACCUGUUUUAUAUGUAAUCAAGUAAAGCGAUGUGGAGGUGUCUUUGUCAGUGUGAUGUACCAUUUGACCUGCAAUGGAAUUGCUUAUAUCUUGAAAUAUCAGGGUAAUGAUAGUUUUGUUGUUUUGUUCUCUUUUCAUUAGGAGUUUUGCUUUGCAAGUUGUUCAAGGAUGAUCCCUUUUUGCUUUAGUUCUGGGGAGAAUGCAGAGCAAACAUAAAAACAAAGCUCUUCAUUUUUUUUCAUGGAGGUCUCUCUGCAAGAAAGAGUAUUUUUUCCAUUGGCCUUAUAUUUUUCACCAUAGCUUGUAAAUUCACAAAAUGGUAUCUGAUCCUGUCUUUUAUUUUUCUCCACAAAAAUGGAGAGUUUUGGGUGUGAAUCGAGCUGAACGGUUCAAUCCAAAGAGCUCUUUUUUUAAAUUCCCAUUUUCUGCAUAUUGUGCCAUUUUACUAGGUAGACAUGUUUACACCUCAUUACUGACCUCCCUACAUGCUUGAGCCCAGGCCUUUUGUUUCUAUGUUUAAGUGGACUCCUGAGCCCAGCCCUUCUCUGAUGGGCUAGCUUAAUUAUUAGCAAACAUGAGGGGGAUUCAUUUAAAUCUCUGACAAGCAUGCUGUACAAUACUCUUCCCCCUCUUGUUUCGCCAUACACUCCUUUGCUUAAAAGGAUUAAAUUCUGAAGGUUUUUAGGACAUGAAGAGAAGGCCUUAAAGAAAGAUUAUCUUUUUAAAAAGAGGGAGAUAAGAUGAAAUCAUAUGCAAAUGGCACACUCUAAUGUUUACUGCUGGACCUGUCUUUUAGACCUAUUGUAGGUGUGUUUGUGUCAACAUUGACUUUAAUGUUAGCCUCUUUUUAAUUAAUGGGUUUCUUGUAUUUAUUCUGUUGAGCCACCAUCAAGACAGAACAGAUUCAAUGUUUCUCAAAAGGAGUUUUAUUUUAUCUCAACCUUACUUAAACCUGAGAUUUUUUUUUUAAAACGCACAAUUACUACUUAAGGAAAUGUUACAAUGAACAGUGACUGAUUAAACUGGCUGAAACGAUAUUUUACAGUUUGAAGUUCGAGGAUAGUUAAGCAAAAGAAAGAUAUUUGCAUUUCAACUUAACUCUUUGUUACUGGAUUACAAAUUAUUUACAUCAUAAUCCACUGUUGCAUGACAAAACGUGUGUUAUAACUUUAUCCAUUGUGUUGUGUUGUCGUUGUUGCCGAGAUCUUUUUACCAAGAGUGUCCGGUUGAGUGGAGGUUUGAAGAGGACCCAAAUACAGAGACUGAAGCUAAAGUGGUUUAUUGGAGAUUUAAUAACAAAACAUGGCAACUGAAGCAAAAUCCAAAUAUACCAAAAUAUAGAAAACGUCAUGGAAAACACAUGAAGAGCAAAGAAAUGACGAGGAAACAACAAAGACCAGGCUAAUCAGCAGAUUGGGAGCAGGUGUGGACAGAAGAAUCUAGAAGGGAGCUAGGGGAAAGGACACUUACACAAGAGGGCAACAGGGGGCAAACAAGAAAUACAUAA